UCUUCUUCUUCGUUUCUCCUAUAAAUAUACGUGGCAUUGCCGGAGCACGAGGCGUGUCCAAGAAUUCGAAUUCCUCGGAGUGUGUGUGUGUCCUCGCGCCCGCGCAUUGCUUGCAAUGGAGAACUGCGCGAGAGGUAGAGUGGGAGGGAGGGGAGCAGGGGCAGAGUCGCUGCCGCUGCCUCCGCCGCCACGUCUUGCGGCCGUGUCCUCUUCAACAACGUCGUCAAACGCGGCUGCGGCGUCCAUCCGGGCGCACCUGGCGAGGACCACGAGCGGGGUGGACUACCAGGCGUCGCCGCGGUCGCUGCUGUCGCGCAUCCUUCUGCGCGGGGGCGGGGACGGCGGGAGCGGGGGAGGGUUCGGGUGCAGGGUGCGGCUGCCGCGGCGGUACGGCGGCGGCGGGAGGGAGGAGCGGAAGGACGGAUCCGAGCUGGGGGACACUCCCUGUGUGAAGGUCGUUGAGCGGGCCGCGCCGGAGCUGCCCGUCGAGACGCCGCGGAGUUCUUUAGGGAGGAAGAAGCCGGAGGAGGAGCUGGUGUCCAUGAACCUUGGGCUGGGGGCGAGCCUGGUGCUGCUCCUGUCCAAGACCGCCGUCGAGCUGAACAAGAUGGUGGAGCUGCGCGCGCAGAUGGAGGCGCUCGUGUCGGAGAUCGGGCAGGCAGCGCAGAGGAAGGAGAUGCACUAUGCUGUUGCCCCUUCUUCCACCUCCCAAGAAUCCGACGGCAGCAGCGCCACCACCACCGCUGUGAAGGACCCCAUUGCUUUUCCCUCGGCCGACGUCGAUGCGGGGUCCAACUGCUCCCGGACGGCGGACCACGCACUUUCCGGCCGUACAGUCGUCAUCAUGGACCAGAUGGAGGCAGAGCUCCAGGUCGAGCUGAACCGCCUGCAGCGCGGUACGGUACACGGUGACAAGCAAAUCGCUCCGAUGCAAGGACUCGAGUUGCCGCUGUUGAAGGUCAAGACGAAGGGCAAUGUCUCUGAUAGCCCGUCUACGAGCUGCGUCGACGACGGCGACGGUGGCGCCAAGGACGACGACGAACUAGAAGGCAAUGCCGAGGACGAGGAGGACGAAGACGACGAGGAGUACGAGGAGGCGGAGGAGGAGGAAGAGGAGGAGCGGUACGAGGACAAGAUGAGCCCCCCGCACGGCGGCGUGUCGGCGCGUGCGCUGGAGCGGCGGCUGCACGAGCUUCUGCAGAAGCGGCAGCAGGAGCGGAUCGUGGAGCUGGAGUCCGCGCUGGACAGCGCGCAGCGCCGGCUCCACGAGAAGGAGCGCGAGGUCGUGUGGUGGCGCGAUGCCGCCAAGCUCGUCUCCCACCGCCGGGACGAGUCGCGCCGGAUCGUCAGGUAGAUGGCGCGAACGCGCGUUCGCGCGCGCAGGUCGCGAGCUAUUGCCACGUGCUUGGGUAAUGGGUAGUUAGUUCGCCGCGGCCCAGCCGCCGUCUGCUGCUGCUGCCGGAGUCAGUGCCAGUGUCAGGUUGGUUGGUCGUCACGCUGCGCGGGUGACGCGGUGUAACUGCCGGGGCGACGAUGCUCUGCACAGGCUGCACUGCACGCUCGCAGCGUCUUGUCGUGCUCGUGCCGUCAUGCGUGCGUGCGAGCACUCAGAAAACCGGAAUUUUCGGGGCGUGCGUGUAUGCGGCGGCAGCAGAAGCAGCAGAGUGGUGUGUGAUGUACUGAUGUGUCGUGUUGUUGUCCCGGUUCAGAAAUCGUCGUGAAUCCAAGCAGAGUUUGUACUUGGGUCGUUGCUUGCCGCGCUGGUGCUGCUUCUUGAAAUGGAAGGUCAUCUUGAUGAUGAAUUGUUGAUCAUUCCGUGUAUCAAAAAUAAAUGUUGAUCAUUGGG